AAAAGGAAUUUCCAAAGACAUGUGAAGAUGCUCGUCAAACAGAAGAUUCAAGUGGGAAUAUGGUGAAGAUUUUUCUUCUCGGUGUUGAAAGAACAAAUGUCAGAUGCGAUUUUCACACUGACAAAGGGAAUUGGUUGGUAAUUCUUCGGCGUGCAGAUGGUUCGGUUGAUUUUGAUAGAAAUUGGAACGAUUACGUCGGAGGAUUCGGCGAUCUUAAAACCGAGUUUUGGUUUGGUUUGGACAAGUUACAUCGACUUACAUCAAGUCAAACGUAUAAACUUCGAAUCGAUAUGAAAAACUUCAACGGAGAGAAGAGUUUCGAAUUAAUGCUUUAUAUGAAUAUGCACGCCCUAUAUUCCGCUGGAAAUUCCAGAUUGCCUCAUCUUCUGAAAGUACAAGCUGCAAUUGGAGAAUACGCUGGAGACGUAGGAGAUUCGUUUGGGCGACACGAUCAAAAACUGUUCUCAACUAAGAUUAUGAUAAUGGGGAUAAUAUUCUGGUAA